GCUACGCCAUCCGUAGCGGGGCGGAACAUUCCGUUCAGUGUAGGGCCAGGCGACCGCGAGAGGAAGGCGAAGUGGUUGGAGCUCCUAAGAAAGGAGUCAAGGAAUAAGUGGGGUGCUCUACUUUCUCCUGGGUGGGGACCUUCUGGUCACCAUGGAGGACGGUAUCUUUGUACCUCCAGACCUGACUCCGGAGGAGAGGCUGGAGCUGGAGAAUAUCCGGAGGCGGAAGCAGGAACUCCUGGUGGAAAUCCAGCGGCUGCGAGAUGAGCUCAGUGAAGCCAUGAAUGAGGUGGAGGGACUAGAAGCCAAUGAAGGAAGUAAAACUCUUCAAAGAAACCGGAAGAUGGGGAUGGGCCGCAAGAAAUUCAACAUGGAUCCCAAAAAAGGAAUCCAAUUCCUGGUGGAAAAUGAGCUGCUACGCUCUACUCCCGAGGACAUUGCCCGCUUCCUCUACAAAGGGGAAGGACUCAACAAGACAGCCAUUGGCGACUACUUGGGCGAGCGGGAGGAUUUUAACAUUGCUGUACUCCAUGCCUUUGUCGACUUGCAUGAAUUUACUGACCUCAACCUUGUGCAGGCGCUCAGGCAGUUCCUGUGGAGUUUCCGAUUGCCAGGGGAAGCUCAGAAGAUUGACCGUAUGAUGGAGGCCUUUGCCCAGCGGUAUUGUCUGUGCAAUCCAGGUGUCUUUCAGUCCACAGAUACGUGUUAUGUCCUCUCGUUUGCCGUCAUCAUGCUGAACACGAGCCUCCACAACCCCAAUGUCCGUGACAAGCCUACUGUUGAGAGGUUCAUCACCAUGAACCGUGGCAUCAACGAUGGAGGAGACCUGCCCGAGGAACUGCUGCGGAACCUGUAUGACAGCAUCCGUAAUGAGCCCUUCAAGAUCCCUGAAGAUGAUGGGAAUGACCUGACACACACUUUUUUUAAUCCUGACCGUGAGGGCUGGCUCCUCAAGCUGGGGGGACGGGUGAAGACGUGGAAGAGACGCUGGUUCAUCCUGACUGACAACUGCCUCUAUUACUUUGAAUACACUACAGACAAGGAACCAAGAGGAAUCAUCCCUUUGGAGAACCUGAGUAUACGGGAAGUGGAGGACCCACGGAAACCGAACUGCUUUGAGCUCUACAUACCCAACAACAAAGGCCAGCUCAUCAAAGCCUGCAAGACGGAGGCCGAUGGGCGUGUGGUUGAGGGGAACCACAUGGUGUACCGCAUCUCAGCACCUACGCAAGAGGAGAAGGACGAGUGGAUCAAGUCCAUCAAGGCUGCUGUGAGUGUGGAUCCUUUCUACGAGAUGCUGGCCGCCCGUAAGAAACGGAUCUCAGUGAAGCAAAAACAGGAGCAGGCAUGAGGUGGGGAUUCUCCUGUACCUAGUCUCCCGUCUUUUUCUCCUGGCAAUGUUCUCUUCCUGUGUCUCCUUUCGGACUUGCUGACAAACCCACCUGGGUCAAGCUCCAUGAAACCAACUCCCUUUCCCUCUUUGGAUCGUCGGGACUUCACCCAGCUUGGCCAACCCAAGGACACCCCUGCCAGCACCCCUUGGUGCCCUCUUAUGUAUCUUCAGAGCUUCCAUUGGACCUGUUGGGAUUCAACCAUGGACAGGAACCUUAGGAAGGUUUGCCUUGUGGAAAUUGCAAAGUUUGGCAUCAUCAUUCCUGUUGGAGGCGUCUUUCCCAUUUUUUCCCUUCCUGAGCCUCUCCUUUAGACCCUCAACAGAGGCGGACAGAAGUUGUUAUCUUCCCGUCUCAACCCACCAUGACUGCCAAAGGUGUAAAAUUGGGCAAGGUUAGAAGAGUGCUUUCUGUUUGGUUGGACCCUUUGACUCUGCCAUCCGUGCUUCCCAACUUAAGCUGAUUUACAUAUUCAGAAAAAGAAUUUGGAAGUGCCCUCUCAGGACUGUGCUGCUUGAGGACAUGCAGGGAAUAAGUGUUUCUAAUAUGUGCUAUAUAAAAAUAGCACUCUGUGUUCUUAAGCCAAGCCCAUGUGAACCUGGGCUGGCUUGUCUUUGUGACAUGCUAGCUGUCCGUGUUUGGAGAGUUCUUGAAUGAAUGAUUCAUUCAGAUCUUUUGGGUUCCCCACAGCUACAUGCUGAUGAUGAUACAGUCAUAAGAGUGGUGUACCGGAUCCCUUUCUUCCUGAAGGCAUAGGGCUGGAAUGCACAGCCUCGUUAGCCAAAGGUAUCAACUGGGGAAAUGCCUGCAUGUAGCAGAGACAUACAGGACAUUCGCUUCAGUGUCCAGCUCUGGGAAGAUUAAAAUGUAGGAAUUGCUGGAAUUAGGUCCAUGGAUGUGAAAACCUCUUCCAACCCCAUUCCUCAUUGACCAUCAUGAGGACCACGUUGAUCUCGGGAACCAGAGAAUGCUUGCUAUCCCCCACCACUCUCAAUUUUGAGAAAAACUGAGUGGUAUCCUUUCAUCUUUAGGGGCUGCACAGCAAGCAGCCAUUGGCCACAGGGUGGAACUUGUUCCUUAAUAAUCUGUUGUCAAACCACUUACACUGUGCACUGAACCAGGACUCCAGCUCUAACCCCUUAACAUGAGCAAGGGCUGUCCUCCAUUACUUGGCAUUUGCUGUACAGAGGAGUGGACAUACCAGCAACCUGCAGACGGCAGCAGAGAACCAGACAACUAGCGCCCACCCACUGACACAGUUUUAGAGGCUAUUCAGUUCCUCCAGCAGGAAUAGCCAGCCAGCAUGUUAAGGACAGCUGACAGCUCUUGAUUCUUCUCAGCCAGAGAGAGGGUCACCAACCCAUCAAUCCCUCUUUAAUGCUAUUGCUGAGAAACUGAGCUACUCCUCUCCCCCCCAUCCCUGCAGAUUCAUCAGACGGAUGCCUCAGAAACAAAUCCUGUUUGUUCUUUCCUCUUUCUGAAGUCCUUCUCUUCUACUCGAGGACUGUGGUCAAGAGAUCUGGGGCUACACUCUGGAGUUAAUCCAGGAUGUUUCCAUUGCUUUACAAAGGAAUCAGCUUAUACUGGCAUUAUACUGUGGCUAGGAUCUGAUCCUGAUCCUGCACUUCUUGGGGAUUGGUGUUGACCGAGUUUUGCUUGGACAGAACUGGAAUUAGAAGUAAUCCCCCCUCCAUGUUGUAUUUUCUUUGAAGGUUCUGAUUUGGCAUGAAACCAAAAGUCUUAACAUUAAUACAGAUGAGUUUCCCCUGAGUCCUCUUUCACUUCUUGUGACUAGACAAACACCACCUCUUGGAUAGUUAAAGGUUAGAUUUACUCACACAUACACACACAACUUUUCUACUUCCUCUUGAACUGAAAUUAGGGAUUAAAAUUUGUAUUGGUGGUUAUGUAUUCAGAAAGGAGAUGAAGUUUCAAAAUAACCAAGAAUAAGUGUGACCUUGCAGGUGCUCUCUUAACUACUAGCUAGGCAGCUCCAAAUAGCUUGGGUGAAUGACUCUGCUUCUCUCAAUUCUAGCUCAAAAACCAGUCUUCCACUGGUUUUUGAGCUAGAAUUGAGGCAAUCCCUUGAAUACAGCAUCUUAGAGUCUUCAGGCUUACCCAGUCUUAAACCUGAACUUGUGAAAUUCAUGCAAAGUAUUUUGCAACAAUGCUCAGAUCUUGCAAAUGAAUUGAGCAUUUAGCCUGCAAAGAUCUGUAGCUACCGUAGAAAUAUGGCACUGCCUAAGUCCAUGUGCAUUUCAAUCUUGAUUGUUCUUUCCCUGUCAUGGGAAGAAUGCCUCUUUGGUUAGCCAGUUCAGAUCUAACUUGGUUUAAACAUAAAACAGAGGAAGAUCUGGUUUAAUGCCAUAGCUCAUCCUGAAUUUAGACUCUCAGGUUUUAGCUUUCCAUGAUGAGAGCAUUGUGAAGUAAUGAAAAGCAGUAAAGAAAGAAAUGGCUUGAUACUGGUCAAUUUUGAAUCUCUGUGUAUAUUUGUAUAUGGGUAGGGUGGGGGAGAGAAUGAUAUUGCUGUUACAUUUGAGUGUGAGAAAUACAAAAUGGACCAAGCUAAAUCAGAAUAAGAUUUCAUCAAUCUAGACCAGCUUUAAUUCUUAAAAAAAAAAGUUACAUGAAUUACGUUAAUAAUUCAGCUAGACAGGUUUGCCCCUUCUUAAUUUAACCUAUUUUACUGUGCCAAAAGACCACGGGAGUGACUUCCGUGUGCCAAAAUCCAUUUGGAGCACAUCUGUCUUUCUACUGAGGCAUCUAGCCUUCUGAACAGGAAUGAGGUUUUACCCUGCGACAGUGUACACAUGAUGUUACACUAAGAGUUUGUAUUUCCCAGCAGUUUUCAUCAGCAGUCCACUAAAUGCUGUUCUCUUGCAUGGAAUCCAAAGUUCCAGGCAGCACCUGUGCUGCAUUAAUAGAAUGACAUUCUGUAACAACCUUCAUCGCCCUGCCUUUAAUACCUACCAGUCCUUGUUGCUUUCUUUCAAAUACUAGUCUAAUCCCCUUUUGGAUCUUAGGUAAACAUCUUCUCAAAUUCAAGAUGAAACUUUUUUUUACACAUUUUCCUAAAUGCAAAUCGCUGUUGAAGGGGAGAGGGAGCUGAGGCAAGUGGGAAAAGCUGUUUUCAAUCCUGGUGGAAAUGAUACAUGUACCUCUCAAACUGCUCUUUAACAUUGGGGAGGAAAGCUUUUCUUCUGAACUACUUCAGGGCAAGAAGAUGAAAAAAUUUAAACUUCCCUUUCACUUCGCUUGCCCCCUGAAUUACCAGACCCACCCCUGGAGUUGCUAUUUGUAUUUUUAAACUAGGUCUGUUCUAUGUUGAAAUAUUUAUUUCUUAGUUUUGGACCUGAUUUGGAUUUUCCACUGAUAUAAUUCUUGGCAACUUUUCUUCUACGCAUGUUUUUGUUCAGUCUCCCCCCCCCCCGAACCCAGAUCUCUUUCUUUAAAAAAAAUUUAUAUCUUAGCAGGACGUUCUUAGACCAGUAACUCUGGAAAACAUGGUUUAAAAUAUCCAGAACUGACACAAUUGAAUGAUUCAAGCUAUUGUUAUUUGCAGCCUUUCCGGAUUAGUUCUGUGUUCUUCAGCAAUAUCAAUAAUAAUCACCUUCCCCUGUUCCCCUUUGUGAAUUUGUAUACCUGUAUUUUGUGGGAUGGGAAGUGGGGAAUUAUAAUAUUCCCCCGCCCGCUCCAGAAGUGGAAAAAGAAGGAAAGACAUUUUUCUUGUCUUUAAAUUCAUUUCUGAUUAUGACAAUGAUGAUGUACUUUUUUUAAAAAAAAACCAAGUAAUGUUAAUUGUUAUUUAAAAAUUUAAUGUAUGCAUCUCUGAAUAUGUAAACACUACAGACUUGUC